AUGGAAGAAAACCUGGCACCGGCGUGCAUCGCCACGACAGGAAUAGAACAGACCGAGGCCGGCUCAUCCGGUGGUGCUGCCGCCGUUGUUGCUACGAGCAGUUACGAUGAUGGCGGUGGUGCAACGGCUCGGCAAAAGAUCUCAGAUAAAAUUAUCUCCCUGCUGUGGGGCGAGAAGAUAAAGCAUGACGUGUUCCGGCGAUGGUUGCAAGGGUUUACGUUCAGUGACUUCGAACCAUCCGCACUGGUCCAGCGCGACGGUGGACCGUGUUGUGUAAUAGCUCCGGUCCAGGCGUAUCUGUUGAAAAUUCUGCUCAUGGAGUCACCGGAGCACGGUUUCAAUGAGCUCACCGCAGACAAAUGUAAAACGCUGCUCAUACAAGCCGUCUGCCAGAUACUGAUGAAGUGCAAAACGGACGUUUACCGUAUCGUGACGCUGGAGGAGGAGGAGCGGGAGCAGGAAGCGGAUGCUGGGGCGCUCUCAACUGCCGCGACCGGUCAACCGAGUGCUGUACCGGGAUGUUCGGGCUACGUACCGCCAGAACGCGUCGCGAAGGAAACGGACUGUGUCGGCAUUGAUAUGCACGAUGCGGCGAUGAUGCACCCGGCCGCAACUGACCGGACGCCCAGCAAAUGGACGUCGGAGAAGUUUCAUGAACGGAUCCGUUUUAUUGAGCAUCAGCACAUCGACGAUGUGCAGAAGUUCUAUAUGCAAAAUUUCCACGUACUCACGGACGAGUGCGGUGUGCUGCUGCUGCUGUACACCGUGCUGCAAACCAAGGGUCUCGAACACAUUCUGUCCGAGAUGUGCGAGCCGAACGAGUCGCUAAUACACGACACGUAUGGUUGUGGUAGUCAGGCGCUGAUUAAUCUGAUGUUAACUGGUCGUGCAGUGCCGCAUGUGUGGGACAACGAUGAGUUUGUUGAUGGAAUAAUGCUUAAAGGCAUUAACCAGCAGUCCGACAUCGGUUUCAUCACCGUGAUGGAGCAGCUGCAGUAUUGCACCGUCGGUUAUUUUUACAAAAAUCCAAAGAAUCCCGUCUGGGUGAUGGGCUCCGACACGCAUCUGACGGUGCUUUUCAGCCACGAGAAGCGGCUGGCGUCACCGGAAACCCCCGGCGAGAGAGCGCGCCGCAUCUUUCGCCAGUUCGAUCCGGACGAGACCAACUUUAUCCCCUGCUCGCUACUGGAGGACGUGCUGUGUGCGAUGGAAUUGGUCAGCGAGCCGGAGUACGUGAAGUUGAUGCACAAACGACUCGAUCCGGACAAAUUCGGCAUCAUAUUGCAGAACACGUUCAUGAACGAAUUUUUCCCGGAUGAAAAAAAAACAACCCCGGACACGUUUGAUUUGCUGCACUACAACGGUAUACCGAACUCGAACUAUGGCAACGUCGUGCAGUACAGCCGCGGUCAGGCGGUACUGUUGGAGAGUGACGUGAGCAUGUGCAAUCCCUCCGAUCCGAUGCUUACCUGUUUGCAAACCAAAUGGCCCAACAUUGAGGUGAACUGGGCCGGCGACCGGACUCCCUCGCUUAACUGAUUCGACCUGUUCGUGUGUGUGUUGCCUGAUAGAGAGAAGGUUCCCCUCUCUAC